AUGUAUAAUUUAGACGAAACUGGCGUUACGACAGCACCAAAACCCGACAAAAUCGUAGCUUUAAAAGGUGCUAAACAAGUUGAUGGUAUUAACUCACACGAAAGAGGAACUUUAGUAACGCUUUGCGUGGCUGUUAAUGCAGUAGGGAACUUAAUACCGCCAAUGUUUAUUUUCCCGCGAAAAAACUACCACGAUCACUUUCUAGCAGAUGGACCAGUUGGUAGUAUCGGGGCAGCAAACGGAUCUGGAUGGAUGCAAAGUGCAGAGUUCUUGGUUUUUCUCAAGCAUUUCGUAAAGCAUGCGAGGCCAUCUCUAGAAAAUAAAAUACUUCUGCUUUUGGACAACCACGACUCACACAUCCAAAUUCAGGUAAUACAUUUCUGCCGAGAAAACGGAAUAGUGUUGCUAUCGUUCCCCCCGCACACUUCCCACAAAUUACAACCUUUGGAUAGGUCGGUAUAUAGGCCCUUGAAGAAAUAUUUCAAUACUUCCGCCGAUGAUUGGAGGAAAACUCAUCCUGGUGAAACAAUGAAUAUUUAUCAUUUACCAAGUCUUGUCAAGAAAGCUCUCCCUUUAGCUGCUACACCGUCAAAUAUUCAGGCUGGCUUCAGAUGUUCAGGAAUUUACCCAUUUAAUCGAUUUAUAUUUCCUGCUCAUGAAUUUGCUCCAGCAGAAGUUACCGACCGUCCAAUGGAAGAAGCAGGCGACUUGCAUGAUAAUGUGACCGAACAACCAUUUCCAGGGGAAACAACACCUCCUCCAGUCUUACCAGUUUCGCGUACGACAACUCCACCAGUCGAACUUAAUUCAGAAGCACAGAUCAGUAGGGAGAUAAAUGAUGAAACGAAUAAGAACAUCUACGCGGCAGGUCCUUCCAAUUCGCGAAAUUCCUCUAUUAUUUCUCUAAAGGAAAUACGUCCAUUGCCUAAGGCUAAAUUCGACAAACCGAAGCGAAAAGGUAGGGCCUCAAUGAAGAGUGCAAUUUGGACAGACACGCCUGAGAAGAAGCAGUUAGAGCAGGGAAAACAAAAAAAUGUCCCCAAACGAAAUUUCGCAAAAAGUAAAAAUGGGAAGCUCGUCAAGAAACGGAAAACUACUACACCUGUUCAUGAUGUAAGUAGUUCAGAAGAGGAGGAAUGUUUCUGCCUGGUCUGCGUAGAGCCAUGGUCUUCCAGUACUAAUAGAGAGGUUUGGGUGCAGUGUCUUUCUUGUAAACGGUGGUCCCACCAAAAGUGCACCAAAGGCGAUGAUCUCUAUUACUGCCACAACUGUGAGUCCGAAUAG